CGUGCAGGGGGUGAGGUCAUCGGCGGAUUGCGUCACCGUCACGUGACCGCCGUCGGAAGUGCGCUAUAUCACUACACUGGCUUCAGCGGACCCGGUCCAUUCGGCAGGAGGAGAGAGCGCUGGCUAGCUUCGCCUUCACGGUCCAGUCAGGUCAUGUCUUUAACGAUGGAGAUGGAUGUCAGUGGAGUAUCCAGGACAGCCAUGUCUGUUCUACCUGCUCCGGAGGCGAAGGCUACGCUGAAGUCCGAGUUGGAGAAGCCCCGCUGUGCCAGCACGCCCUGCUCUCCGAUCAAAAGUACGGUUUCGGGAUACCAGAUCGUUCACAUGAACUCCAAUUACCUUGUGGGCUUCACCACCGGAGAGGAGCUCCUUAAACUGGCCCACAAGUGGUCAUCCGACGCAGGAAAUUCAGGAACCGACGCCUUACGGAGCCCGUGCACGAAGCCGGUGGAUUUGGGUCUUCAUCGAGCCUCUCGGAUAUACAAAACCAAGAAUCGACACUACCAGCCUUACGACAUUCCAGCAGUCAAUGGGCAGAGGCGGAGAAGGAUGCCCAGCUCAGGUGAAAACUACCUCAAGUCACUGCCUGGGGAGUCUGGAAAGGUACUUCACGGCUCUCUGCCGCUCUGCCUUUUGAAUGGAAAGAGAGCGCAUUCAAAAUCUUUGGACUACCUCAACUUGGACAAAAUGAGCGUCAAGGAGCCGGUGGACACGGAGGUCUUGCAGUACCAGCUUCAGCACCUCACCCUCAGAGGGGAGCGGCUGUUUACCAGGAACAAGACUUGAAGUGGACCCCGGGAACCGCUCGAUUUUUGACACAUCUCUCGAAAUACACCCCCCCCCCCCAACACCCCCUCCCCAGCCAUGUUCAGCUCCUCCCACAGAGCUUAGGCAGCGCUCCAGAUAUUUGUGUGUUAUUUAUCUUGUCAUUUAAUGAACCAUUACACUGAGGAUUAAACGUGAGAGCAGUCCACACACGAAUAAAUGAGUAUGGGCAGCCCGACGUAGUGUGUGGUAUUGCGAGAGUAACUUUAGAUACUUAGAAUACAUUUCAAGAGUAGCAAUAACACGUACAUUCAGUAACUGAAGGAACGAUGUUGAUUUCUGUGAAUCUGGCAAUGUAUCGAUUUGCAGCUUUCCAUUUUUUUUCUGCCUUUGCACUGUUACACACAUUGAAUAUUUAUGAAAACAUUGCCUCAGAAGAUACCAGAAGCACACUAUCAAUUUAAAAUGACUUGUUGGAUAUUAGCACACCUAUCAAGCUUACCUUCACCUGCAUACAUAAAUGGAACGUCAGACCAACUGCUGCAUUGUUCUGUAUAAAAGGGUCUUUUAAGCAGAUUUGUGGUGGAGAAGAUUAUUAGCAACAUGUUUAGGGUAAGAUUCGCUUAACUAUCAUCAAACUUGCUAUAUGCUGGAAAUAUGUUAGGGUUUAUUUUGUUUGGUAAUUUUUCUGUGUCGAUCUUUCAGCAGGAUUUUCGUAGGGGAAAACAUGACUGAGGUGAAACUGGUUGUGCAGAAAAUGGUUCCUUUAAAGCUCUUGUGUACACGCCUAAUUUGUAUUAUACUUGUCACACAGGUGUGUAGGUUCUGAAUGCAUAGCUUUAGAAACCAAAGGAUUUACUCGUGGGCAUCCUAUAAAAACUUGAUGAACCGUUCUUUUGGCAAUGUUUUUCAUAGAAUAACACAGGACAAUCAUCUGGAAAGUUCUCGCUCUUGGGAAAGACGGAACUGAGCCAGUGGUGUCACUGGCCCUGGUGUUUGAGCUUAUGAUGGUUUAUUAGGAAUCUGUAGGGCAUCUCAAUUUUUAUUUGAUUGAUUUUUAAGGAGUUUUCAAAUUGAUUUAAGUGUGAUUGAAACUGGUUGUAUGAAGCACUGGGUUGGUUCUCAAUAUUUAUGUAGGAUAGAAUAUUCACAUUACAUGACUAAGAUAUUUGCAAUUUUUGUACAGUGCUGAGAGCACUGUAUGUGCUUUUGCUAAAAUUAGUUUUUAAUAUUAAAACAUUUCAUUAUGUAGUAAUUUAAAUUCUUUACCAUUUGUUGGCCUGAUGGAUAUCUUGAUGUUGAUUUAAAGUCGUGUAUUUAUGAAGUGUUUAACAAAUCAGAUUUAAAGCACCUUAAUGCCACUUAUUUGAUUAAUAUCCAUAGCAGAGAACGAUUGUUAGCGUGGGUGACCUUUUUCUAAAGCAGCUCUAAUAAAAUGACAUUUGCAGCUGAUAGACUGUUAAAAAAUCUUUGAAUAACUUAUCACACUCUUGGGGGUGGUUGGGUGGGUGAAGCUGUAUGACAAAUUUUCUGUGCAGCUACUGCGAUUUAAUUCUUAAGGCAUCUUUUGCUGGUUUGUAUUUUUUAAGACUGUGGUUGAGUACUGUAGAAUUUUAUUUAAAGUUUUAAAUGUCUUACACUGAAAAUAUAUUUAUUACAUGUUUCAUUUUUACCAGGUUUCUGAGGUCUGCAUAGGUUCAUGCAACAACAUGUGUGAUGUUUACUGUUCCAAUCUAAUGCUCCAAACAAACUAAGAGCGUUCGGAAAUUGUGAUUUAAGACGAUGAAAAUUCUCCCCAUUGUGGUCUUAAAGCUAUUCUUUUAGAAGCUUAAAGCUUCUGUCCCAUUUUCUGCUUUUAUGGUUGUGUGCAUAUUUUUGACAAUUUUGAACAACUUGCGCAGUUUUAUGUCUCUGUGCAGUGAGCCUCCUCUGCCAGAUCCCCCAGUGAGAAUUUGCUUUUUCUGCAAAAAUAAAUGCCGUUUUUUGAAUGUAUCCACUUUUCAACAGCAUCUAUGACCUAGUUAUUCAGUAGAAUGUAGAAAUUUAUAAACCAUUAACAAACAUGCUAUUUUUUUUGCUAGGGUGGAAACUGACUGUUAAUAAAUUCACAAUUAAUAGCUUCAUUUGAGUGUGCCUCAAUUUAAAUAGACAAGGAAGGGAAAUGUUAAAAGUCUGAAUCUUUAAUCUUUCGGUCUCUAAGUGCUUCUACGCCAGUUAACAAGAAUAUAGGUAGAAUACAUAGGCAAUUCUCAAGGUUAAAAGUGACUUUUUGUCUACUAAAGAUUGACAUCUAUUAAUUAAUUCUGUUAUAAAUUUGUGUUAGCUAGCUACGUGAAAUAUGAGUUGUAAACUUAGCGUACCGGUAUUGACAGACAGAUGUAAUGUCUUUGGAUUGCCAUUAUCAUACAUGUUUUACAAUAAAACUUUCGUUUUAUUGAAUACAUUCUAUUGUUGAGGUGCAUUAACAAAUACGCAUAGCUUCGCAUCUAAGAAUACCUUGGAGAUUUCUCCUGCCCAUAAACUCACACAGCACCUGUUUUCAUGUGGAGCCCCCAUGCUGAAUGAGUCAACUGUACAAAAGCUUACAUGACUGUUGAUGGAUGUGGUGUCAACAGACGUUGCACCACAUUAUGGAAGUUGAGCUUCCGUGUAUUUUCUGCAUCUGAAAAAAGGCCUUGCCCUGUCUAAUCUUCAGUUACAUGGCUUUUAUGAGAGCAAUAACAAAAGUUAUUGAAAUCAUGCCUCCUCGUUACUUGUCUUUAGUAAGAAUUGCUAAUUUUGAGCCAUUGUAACGCAGGGUGGAAAUGGUGAACUCUUGCAUGUGAUUCAUGGUGAAAGGCAUUAUGAAAUUGCAGCACUACUGUAGCUGCAGUGCCUUUAUACGGUCGUUUGCUUUUCAGUUCAUUUCUCUGAGGCUCGUGUUGUGUGUUGUCUUUUUAUUUGAAAUGUUGCAAUUUAUUUGUUUAGGUGUUGCAGUUAAGUGGGGACUUUUAAACAAGCCGCAGAACCAUGACUUUUGGAUCUGCACUUGGCUGAAUUACUGAAUGGGUCUGCGUAUGCUCUGUGAUUCCAUUGCAGUUUAAGCUUUUUGUGGUCGUACACUUGGCAUUAUUAAAACAUUUGACUAUC